AGAACGCGCAAAAUGUCCCUUAAAUUAUUGUAUUGUAGUCCAUCAGGACAUCUUCAUUUCCGCUGUUUUAGCAGUUCUAACAUGUCAUAUCUGUGACCAUUGCAGUUAAAUUUGUUUAUGUGGCCAUUUCGAUCAUGGCCACCUCCGUAGAAACAUUUAGUUAUAUAACUUGGUUUAUAUGUGUGAUUAUGCAGUAACGAAGAUUAUGUUUGUCUCCCAAAUACAGAUUUCUGUCUAAUUUUUAAACCGUCUAAGUGGCUAAAUUGGUCGCUAAGUACGACAAUGUAUAAUAGCAGGUUGUAUUUCACUAAAUAAAGUUUAACCUGGAUUCUGAUCAAAUUCUUCUCUUUCCUGUUGCAUUGUACAAGUUUGCACUACACCGAUUGCCAACUUGCAGUGCAGAAAUAUUCUCACCUGCAAAAUGACCCCGGGAUUUAACAACUGGCAACAGUGACAGUUCUCAUCUACGCCUUUACGCACAUCCUUUAAAAAUCAUUGUUUGGGUGGGUCCUCAGCUUGGCUCGCCAUUACUUUCUGUAAUGCAGCUGGAAGUGCAUCUUCGCUUGUGUCAACGCUGUCUCCUUUAUUGUAAGGGUGGACCACGCCUCUUCUCUCUCAGCACUUUAAAUGGAUCUGCUUUGAAUUACUACGAUCUUCUAGGAGUGAAACCAGAUGCUUCACUGGAGGAAAUUAAGAAUGCUUUUUUUAACAAGUCCAAAAAGUUACAUCCAGACAGCGACCCCGACGACCCAAGUUUGCACAGUCAGUUUGUGGCCUUGAAUGAGGCCUACAGAGUGCUGAUCCGCGAGGAGUCCAGGAGGGAGUACGAUCUACGAAUCCGAUACCGAUAUCAUGGUGGGGAACCUUUCAGCCCAGCAUACGGCUACACCUCCAAGCCGCCAUCGAGGAGUGCGCAGCAUGCGGAGCGGAUGCGAUAUUGGGAGCAGUUUCGCUACGCCCCACCUCAGGAGAACACCGCGGAGCACCGGCAGCGGCAGAAGAAGCAGAACAUGCGCCUCGUCGGUUAUUGCGUCCUCGGCAUGCUUGCCAGUGUUUGCAUCCACUACUUCGGCUUCAGGAAGCUAGAGGAGAUGCACAAUAACUUCAUGGACGAAAAGGACAGAGUGAUCACGCAGAUUUACAACGAGUCCAAAGAGAGAGCCAGGAUAAAUGGGUUCCAGAAGCAGACGGAGAUCCUGAGGCAGAAACACGCUGAAUUUCUUGAAAAAUACAAGUGGCGCAGGGGUGGAGGCAACAAAUAGAAUUGGGUUCUGGGGGGUUGACAGUAGGGGCGUUGAGGGAGGGGGGGGGGCAAACCAGGGAACAAUGUGUUAUGGGUAUUAUGAGUGACAAAUGCCAGCACAGGAACUGGGUGGAUUGAGUGGAGAGUAAGAGUGGAAAAUUGUUACAUUUAAUUGAAAAUGGUUAUGUGAGGGAUUUGGGAAACGUAACAUGAUUCUAUCACAAUGAUGCUGAAUUUUUACAGGUUUCAGAGAUUUGAAUUAUGACCUGACUGAUUCCUGAAACCGCAGGUGUUUACUGGGCAAAUGAUUACAUCAUUGAAGCAGAAAAGGUGAAGGCACACCCUUUGUCCCUUUAGACCUCCAAGCACACCCAGCUUCGGAUAUUAAAUGGUUAGAAAGCACAUGAGUGAGAGGAACUUGGACUUGAAUUGCCAAUAAGAAACCUCAAAGAAAUUAAAAGGUCAAUGAUAGUGGUUAGGAUUUAACUGUACCGAUUAUAAUAAGUUAAAUUAUAAAUUAAGUAAUGCAAAUAUCUUAGCCAAUGAAAUAAAAGGAGAAAGGAGUGUUUGUGUCCUUAAUUGUCUUUAUACUGGCUCGGCAUCAACCAGGAGCCAGGAGGGAGCAAAAACAUGGACUGUCUGUGGGUCCCUGAGGACUGGGUUGGGAAACGCUGACUUGUAUGACUUUCAGUUCCAGUCAUAACUUUUAACACGGAUGAACGAGGGACCCAAGACACACAGCUGCUAGCCUGUGUCCACCCCAUUCUUGUGGCUUUUAGUACGUGUUGUACUCAGAACCUGCAGUGUUUUGUACACACUUAUUCUUUGAGCUAAUUUUCACACGUAAUUAGAAUGAGGUACCAUCUUCACCUUGGUUGAAUAUCUGUGCCACACAGCAAGGCCCUUCAGUGUCAGGAAUAUGUAUGACCUGGGAUAUAGUUCUGCAUGAAUAAACAAAUGCUGUAAAUCCAAAA